AUGCUGUCACACAACGUCGCUAUUGAGUUCCUCUGGCUCUCAAGCCUCAUAGCACUGGCCUGGUCACAGACAGACUCGACGUCUGGUUCUUCGGCAUCAACUGCCACCAUUACUGGUACCGCCGCUGCCACCAACCUUGCCACCUCCUCCGAUGCGAGCUCAAGCUCAAAUACCGUCACGGGAGCUGCUCCAACUGGCUCAGAGACAGCUAGCACUACAAGCAGUAGUCCGUUCAGCACUAGCAUUGGAUUUUCGCUUGACGAUUUCUGGAAUAUAUGGGUAGGCCCGGUGGAAGUAUACUCUGUCAAUACUACCGUUGAAGCAACCCCAGUUCCGUCGGCAGAGCUCAUACCACCGCCACCCCUCAACUACCCCAGCUUUCCAACGGGGGCGGUCAAUCCGGCUUUCAGCAAGAACGAGAGUUGGAGCUUUCCCAGUGACUUCUGGUGGGGCGUGGCGAGUGCAGCGUACCAAGUUGAAGGAGCCGCCAAGGACGAGGGACGAGGCCCGACUAUUUGGGAUGUCUUCACACAUCGAGUGAAAGGGUAUACAUUGCUGAACCAAACCGGCGACAUCGCCAACAAUCAGUACUACUACUACAAACAGGACAUCGCAAGAAUCGCGGCUCUUGGUGUCAAGGUCUACUCGUUUUCCAUCGCCUGGUCACGCAUUUUUCCUUUUGGCCGCGGCGAGGUGAACGAGCAAGGUCUUGCUCACUACGAUGAUGUUAUCAACACCUGUCUCGAAUAUGGGAUCCAGCCCAUGGUGACUCUAUACCAUUGGGAUCUUCCACUUUACCUGCAGAACCUCUAUGGCGGCUGGUUGAGCGAGGACAUUGUGGAAGAUUUCGCCGCUUACUCACAGGUUAUUUUCGACCGCUACCACGACCGUGUGUCUCACUUUUUCACCUUCAACGAGCCCAUUGUGUUCUGCAACACAUAUCCCCAGCCGGUCGGGUACUUUCUCCCUACAGACAUCCCGCCCAAGCAGCAACCUUUCUACUGCGGGCAGUCGGUGCUCCUUGCACAUGCUCGCGCUUAUGAAAUCGCCAAGUCCAUCAACGACUCUCUCGUGGUCGCAGUCAAGCACAACGGUGGUUACAAGAUCCCAUUGACGAACUCCUCUGAGGAUGCCGUUGCCGUGCAGCGAGCAUGGGACUUCAACGAAGGGUGGUUUUCCAAUCCACUUUUCAUUGACGGCGAUUAUCCACGCUAUCUCAAGGAAUACACGUCUACCUUCCUCCGACCCUUCAACGACAGCGAGAAAGCCCGCAUUGUGAACAGCUCCGACAUUUACGCACACGAUGCCUACACCAGCCAGUUCUACAUGGCGCCCGACAACGGCACCGACGCUUGUACCAGCAACGACAGCCACCCUCUCUUUCCCGCGUGCGUGAACUCAACCUACAGCUAUCCCGCGGAAGACGGUGGCUGGAAUAUCGGCUACGCCGCCGACCCCCUGGCCCCCUGGCUACACAGCGCCGCCGACUGGCUCCCCGCCUUCCUGCGCUACAUCCAAGACACGUGGCACCCCUCCGGCGGCAUCGCCAUCACCGAGUUCGGCUUCGCCGAGCCCUUUGAGGCGCAAAAGACCAUCCUCGCCGACAUCCGGACCGAUCUGGGCCGCAGCCGGUACUACCGCGACUACCUGCAGGCAAUCCUCGUUGCGAUCAGUGAGGGCACCAACGUCGUGGGGUGUCUGGCCUGGAGCCUGGUCGACAAUCUGGAGUGGGCGCAGGGGUAUGCGGCGAAGUUUGGGAUGCAGUAUGUGAAUUUCACGACGCAGGAAAGGUACUACAAGGCGAGUUUCUUUGAGUUUGUGGAUGUCUUUGGGGUGUAUCAGGGACAAGGUGGGGGGCAGGGGCCUGGGAACGCUACGGUGAGGAUGUGA